CUUCAGCGACCAUCUCCACGUUUGUUUACGUCUGCUUGCUCUGUGCGCUCUACUCGCUCGUGCUACAGUAAUUUCCUAUGAAUUAUCGAGGUAUCGCUUGGCGAAUUCGGUUCUGAUCAAAAUGAUGAGGUCCGUUUUGCGGCUGACGAGGUUCCCCGUAUUGGCGGAGCGCACAUUGACUGACGUUGGUGCUCCGAUAUUCUCUCGGUUAGACAUAACCUCGAGGAACGUUUGCACCAGCUCGCGAUGUGACAAGGAAGUACGAACGAAGUUCGAAAAGAUGAGAGUUGGCAGGACAUCGAAAUACGACGAAAUGUUGGAGGGAGAGACAUCGUUGACUGCGACGAGCACGAAGCAGACAAAUCUGUUUCCUGACGCGGACACGCCAAACCGACUCUUCAACGGAGUACCAUAUACUCAACUGCAUAUUGUCAAUAUAAAAUCCACUCCCAAUAAUACUAUUAUGACUGUUACUGAUUCUGGCGGUCGGGUAAUAUCUUUGCAUUCAGCCGGUGUGGAAGGUUUCAAGAACGCUAAGAAGGGUACAAACAUCGCUGCCCAGCAAGCAGCUAUAACGUUUGGUAACCGUAUUCUUGAAUAUGGCGUAAAUACAGUGAGACUACGGGUACAAGGGCUUGGUGCAGGUAGAAUGUCGUCUAUAAAAGGUCUUCAAAUGACGGGGUUGAACAUUGUGUCAAUUACGGAUGAUACUAGAGUAUCCUGGCAUCCACCAAGGCCAAAAAAACAGAGAAGAGUGUGAUUAUUAAAUUGUAAAUGUAGAUGUUUAUUAAAUUGUAAACAUAUUGCAAUAACAUACGUUAAUGUAUCUUAUAAAAGCCCACGAUGCAUUAUUCUAUCUUAUAAGUUUUAAUUAAGAUAUGUAUUAUAAAAUAAAUAAUAAUUUUACUGAUUGAAA